AUGACCAGCGAAAAUAAUCCAAAUUCACCAUUUAAUCGACCGCAUGGGGGUGUAAGUGUUGAAAAUGACGGCUCGGGAAGAUCAUCAAAACAACAAAGUGCCCCUGCAACACCCAAACUCCCGGGAUUGAUUGAACCGACAUCGUCAGGACCAUCCCGGGGUGCUAAUUUGACUCCAUCAUUGGGGAACACGAGGGCGAAUUCUAACUCGAAGGUGGCCAUUCCGCGUCAGAAUACGGGCUAUACGCCUCGCUAUAACCGGCGAGUACCGAGGGCGUGUGAGUCUUGUAGACAACGGAAAACGAAAUGCAGUGGGGAUACUCCUGUAUGUCGACAAUGUCGAGAAUUACGGGUACCCUGUCAGUAUCCCGUGGGAUGGAGGGAUAAGAUGAAAAAGUUGGAAGUCGACAAGUUGGCUGCGGAAGUCCAGGAUUAUGAGAACUUUUUGGAGGAUUUACGACUGAGUGCUGAGUCUCGCACGGCAGAAUGGGUUAAGAGCUUGAUGGACAAAUAUGGCCUGAAAGGGGAUCAUAGAGAGCACAACCAAUUUUUGAUGCCUACUCCCCAAAAUGAAAUGGAUGCCGAUGAACCAUCGCCACUGUCAUCGAUUGGAUCAUUGGAGGGCAUUGAUCGGGUAGAGGAGGACCUCGAUCGGUCGGACAAUACUCGAGCCACAGGUGUGAUGGGUAAAAGCUCUGAAAUCUCAUGGAUGCAAAGGGUUCAGCGUGAAGCAGAACGACGAGCUCAAGGGAAUCCGGGUAUCUUGGAACCAAACCAAGGCGAUGAUGAAGAGAAAGAGGUUUUUUCUCUUCAUGCCUUGAAUUACCACCUGGACGACCUUGACAUCUCUGUUCCAGAGCCGGUCAAUAUUUAUGAAAUGCCACCUCGACAACUGGCCGACCGACUUCUUAAUGAGUAUUUUGAAAGUACACACCCUUUCUUCCCUAUUAUCAGCAGACCCCUUUACCGCGCACAAUACCAAGCCUUUCUCGACGCUUCCUCGACUUCCAACACAACCCGACCUGGCGAUAAAUGGCUCGCUGUUUUGAAUAUUAUAUUUGCUAUUGCUGCAAAGCAUGCACAUCUCACCAAAUCUCCCUGGUGCGGAGAGGAAAAUGAUCAUUUGGUGUAUUUGACCCGUGCCAGGCGUCUCAGCAUGAACAGUGACGUUCUGUUCAGUCAUCCUGAUCUUCAGCAGGUUCAAGUUGAAGGGAUGAUUGCAUUUUAUUUGCUUGCAUCCGACCAAAUAAACAGAGCAUGGCGAAUUUCAGCUUUGGCAGUACGGUCGGCAAUCACCCUCGGCAUCAACCUUAAAAUCACCAGCACCAAAACCCCCAGUAUCACCAAAGAAGCUCGCUACAGAGUAUGGUGGUGCUUAUACAGUUUCGAACAUAUGUUAGGCAUCAUGACUGGCCGGUCCAUCUACAGCCUAGACGGAGGAUAUGCCACCCCUCUCCCACUUCCAUUCGAGGAGGAACAAUUGCAGGAGAACCCAGCAGCUGCCGAAGUUCUCAACAACGCCACACUACGAGAUGCCUUGAUCGGCAAUGUGAUGGCAAGCUCAUGGAUCCGACCGACGGGCAGCAAAGAUGAUAUGCACAAGACCCGAGUUCGGGAUCAGACAUGGCUGAAAAACCUACCCGUCAAUUUCGGACUAUGCUACCUAUACUACAGUGACUUGACGGUUGUCACGCAAGAGAUUCUCAACAAAGUCUAUACAACCACUGCGGUGCUACUGCCUUGGUCAGAUAUUGAGAGUCGGCUCGACGAUAUGAGAUUCCGUAUCGAUCUAUGGAAAUCGAGUUUACCAUCAGCGCUUGACUUCACACAAGAUGAAAGCGACGAUAGCCCAGACCAGCUUCGAUGUAAACUGUUUCUAGCAUUUCAUUACUACAGUGCUCGAAUAACUCUGGGACGACCGUGUCUGUGCAGACGAAAUGCACGACAAACGGAUGAUCCGCAAACAUUCAGUCAUUCUAUGGCACUGAUUGCUCUUGAAUCAGCCAAUGGCAUGCUUGACUUGAUUCCGGAUAAACCUGACGUUGUCCAGCUCUACCAAGUUUGUCCAUGGUGGUGUGUGCUUCGGUAUCUCAUGCAAGCAGCAACUGUCAUCCUACUUGAACUUUCAUUCGGUUGUAUCCACAGCCCAGAGGAGGAAGGAAAAUUUGUCUCACUUUCUAAGAAAUCCAUUCACUGGUUCUUCGCCAUGUCUGAACAUAGCAUUGGUUCCCGACGUGCAUGGCAGAUCUGUGAUUCCAGUUUCCGGAACUUGGCCAAUGGCAUGAAAUACCCUACCGACGAUCUGCCUGAUCCACCACAUCAGCAAGAGCGCACUGCCGCAGAUACAACGUCUCAUGAUCCUGCUGAGUCUAGUCAUAACGUUCCAUCUGGUGACUAUUUCACUCAACCCACAGAGGACCUUCAUCUUUUCGGCUCUGUCCAAGUUCCCGAUGGAGGAGAUUUCUUCCCAAGCUACUUCAACUUUUCGACUCCUGAUAUUAUGUCAUCGUUGCAAGGUCAUACUGAUAUGACUGACGAUUCAUAUUUUUCCCUAUGA